AUGUCAAAUCGCACGGCUGAUGAACUACUGAAAUGGGGUCUGCGCAAUGCCCCCGUAAGCGAAGAUGGAUCUUCCUCGGUAGCGCAAGUAGCGGCCGAUGUGGCUGCAGGUCGACGCCCUGAUCUCGCUGACCCUGGCCUGUACGAUGCCAUUAUGGGAAAGAGCGAAGCACAGAUGAUGCAAGAAGAAUUAAGUGUGGCCGUGGACACGACACGCACCGUGGAGGAUCGAUGCACGGCCCUGGACAACUUUGAAAUGCUGAUUGAACAAGUGGACAAUGCCAAUAAUAUGGAGUCUAUGCGCAUGUGGCCUGCCGUCAUUGCCUUGCUCAGGGCAGCCGAGCCUGAGAUCCAGAUGGCUGCAGCUUGGAUCGUAGGCACCGCGGUACAAAACAACGACAAGGCACAAGCCAUCGCGCUAGGUCAUGGUGUACUUCACACUCUGCUCCCUCUACUGACGGCGCCGCGUACGGAUGUCCGGAACAAGGGCGUCUAUGCGCUGAGUGCCAUGCUGAAACACUACGCUGCAGCGGUCCAGCAAUUCGGCGAGAUGGACGGAUGGUCAAAGAUCCGAGUGGCCUUGGACACAGAACAUCUCGGUGUGCGCCGGAAACUCGUGUUCUUGCUCAACCAGCUUAUCCUGCAGACGCAUGAUGAACCUGCUAAGGCUGUACCGCCGCCGCCGCCGAACAAUGUGCACCUGCCUGCACCACAUGAAGAGGUGCCCGCGACGAUGCGGGAUGGUGUGACGCAUCCUCCUGUGGCGCAAAUCCUUGUGGAUACAGGCUUGGUUUCUACCAUUCUUGACUCCUUGGCACCUGUGCAAACAGAUCCUCUGCCAUCGAUUGCACUGUGCCAAGGCCAGCCUGUUAGGGACGAUGACGACUACCUGGAAAAGGCUGUGCAAGUCAUUUUGACGUUGCUGUCCCAGUCACCACCGCCCUCGCCGCUGCCUGUGGAACAGCUUCAACAAUUGGCGCACUUGGUGUCGGGGACACGAGCUACGGAAUUGGGUUUGGAUACCCAGCCCUUGCGCGCCUAUCUGGGCUAA